AUGCCGAAGAACUUCGUGCUGCCCGCCGGGCUUAAGCCUUACGAAGGAUUCGGCGAUCCUCGUGUCCACAUCAAGAAGUUUCAAUCCAUGAUGUUCUUUAACGGUGCCUCUGACCCUGUACUUUGUCGAUCUUUUCCGACUUAUUUGGAUGGGACUGCUUUACUUUGGUUUUCUAAAAUUCCUGCAGGUUCAAUCUCUUACUUUGAGGAAUUGGCAAGAUCCUUCAUUGACUAUUUUGCAGCCUCGAGAAUAUACGUGCACGGCUCAGACUAUCUCAGCACCAUUAAGCAAGGUCAACAUGAAAGCCUAAAGGACUACAUGACACGGUUCACCAAGGUGACCAUGGAAAUCCCAGACCUCGACCCCAAAGUGCAUCUCCAUGCGUUGAAGAGUGGCUUUAGACUAGGCAAAUUCCAGGACACAAUAGCCAUAACUAAGCCGAGGACAUUGGAGGAGUUUCGUGAAAAGAUGGCUGGCCAGAUGGAGAUCGAAGAACUUAGAGAAGCUCGGCGAGUUGAUAAGCAACAACCUCGCCGGGAAGAAGAAAAACAUAACAAAGCACCGAAUCAAAAGGAGCACAAGAAGCCAUUCAAGUUAACACCAAAAUUCGAUGCUUACACCCAAUUCAAUACCAAAAGGGAAGACAUCAUCAAGGAGAUAUUAAAUGCUAAGAUCAUCAAGCCACCGAGCAGAGCUUGUUCAUAUCAAGAUCAAAGAUAUGUUGAUAAGUCAAAACACUGUGCUUUCCAUCAAAAGUUUGGCCACACCACCGACGAGUGCGUAAUCGCCGAAGAUCUACUUGAAAGACUGGCCCGACAAGGCCACCUCGACAAAUACAUAGGAAAGAGGAUACAGCAAAGUCAGAAGAACACAGCCGAACUUCAAACAGAACAAAACCCGAACACCACCGAAAAGAUCAGGUGCCAACCUCCACCAACAAGAGGAGUCAUUAACUGCAUCUCAGGAGGUUUUGCAGGAGGAGGACAUACUAACUCAACAAGAAAGCGUAGCUACAGGGCGAUGUUAAUGGUCCAAAGUACAGACGAAAUAGCUACACCUAAGACGCCUGUACCUACCAUAUCAUUUGAACGGUCCGACCUUCAGGCAAAGGCCACCAACCUCGACGACCUUGUGGUCAUUUCAAUUCAAGCAGGUGAUCUCCUGGUCAAGAAAGUGCUACUCGAUCCUGGCAGCAGUGCAGAUGUCCUAUUCUACUCCACCUUCCAGAAGAUGAAGUUAAGCGCAAACACAAUGACCCCAUCCUCAGGGGAACUAGUGGGAUUCUCAGGGGAGCGGGUAUCUAUCCUCGGGAGCGUCUGGUUAAAAAUAACGAUGGGAGAGCCUCCCUUGUUCGAGACGAAAGACAUACAGUUUCUAGUAGUUGAUUGCCCUAGCCCGUAA